AAUAUAUACAAAAAAAGAAGUUUAAAUACACAGAACAGAGACAUAACCUCUCUCAUCUUACCAUAUGGUCCACUCCAUGGUCUCACACACACACUAUUAUGGGAAACCUACCCACCAACUUUAGGGCAAAAAAGUCUCAGACAACAAUACAAGCGUGUGAUUCACUCGCUUAAAAGGAGGGUAACCGUUGGAUUUUCAAAAGGUUACAUAAAAUCUUAACCAUAACAUUAACCAUGGUUUAGAAAAAAUCCUCUGUUUUUCCUCUGUUUCUGUCUUUCUAUCAGUUCUAUGUUGUGCGUUUGUGUGUUCUGCAUUGGUUUUCUUCCAACUCUGCAAAUCUUUCGCCGCCUUCUACGUCCAUUUGGGUCAUUCCCCAACUCCUUAAAUUUUGGAUUUUCUCUUUCUUUGAGCUUCAAAGAUUGCUUUUUUGAUAACUUCUUUGGUGGGGUUUCGAAUCAAUAAUGAUAACUUCCACUCUUGCAUUUUUGGGUCAUUGAGCUAAAGUUUUCAUGAAAUUUUGAAACUUUUUGAGUACCCAGUUGAGAAAAGAUAACUGGGUUAUUGGAGUUACAUGGGUUUUCCUUGAUCUUAAUUAGGCGAGAAUCAGUGUCACUGUAUUCGGUGGAAAACCCAAUUGGGAUUUUGUGUAAACCGACUUAAAUGUUUGAUUAGAGAAAAAUUUAAAGAAUAUAAAAUUAAGAUCGGAUUAAAGUCACUUACUUUAUUUACUUCCCACAAGGUUUUUCUGCUUUGUCUUCACACUUCAUUUGGAUUCCAAAGGUGUCUCAGUUUAUACAGAAGAAUAUAUUGGAAGCAAUGCUAAGAGAUUUGGUUUUGUGAUUUGAAGUUGUUUUUGUUUCUGAGUUUUGGUUUUGUUGAUCUCUUGAUUCAUUCAUCAUCAUCAUCAUCAUCAACAACAUGCCUCUUUAUGAGUUAUACCGUUUGGCUAGAGAGAAUCUUGGUAAUGAGACUAAUAGCACAAGUGUAGCUGAUCAACCUUCCUCGCCUGAGAAUGAUUUUUUUGAGCUGGUUUGGGAGAGUGGUCAGAUUUCAAGCCAAGGUCAAUCAAGUAGAGGUACUAGAAAGAGUCCAUCUUGUAGGAGUUUACCAUCUCACUGCUUACCAUCUCAUAGUCCUAGAGGUCGAGAUAAAGACGUAGGAGGAGGAUAUGGUACUAAUAACAAUCCGAAGACAGGAAAAUUUUGUGAUUUAGAUUCUGGAUUGAAUGAGAUUCCAAUGUCGGUGCCAUCUCGAGAAGUAGAUGAAAUGAUGCCUUGGUUGGAUUAUACGAUGGAUGGUUCUUUUCAAACCGAAUAUGGUUCUGAUUUCUUACAUGAACUCACGGAGAAUGAUGACCUUCCUUCCUCGAAUAAUUUUACUCUAUUGGAGAAAAGGAGUAACGGUAAUCAGAUGUUUAGGGACUCUCAUAAAAAUUCUGCAGAACAGAUGAAUGUUUCUAAGGAUUCUUCAGCUGAACAGGUUGAGACUGCAAGACAUAAAGUUUGCACAAGUCAGUUAUAUCCGCCAUCAUCGAAUCAGUGUCAAACAUCAUUUGAAACUGUUAGAUCCGGGGCAUCGAAUAUAACUGAGAAUAAAAAUGCAAAUAAUGGUAACCAGGGUGUGCCUUACAGUGAAAAUUAUCAUAUUCCAUCUUCCUCGACCGAUUUUUCUAGCUUAAAAGUGCAGAAGCAAGAUCCUAUAUUGCCUGUCAAUGUUUCCAAUGUAAUGAAUUUUUCCCAUUUCGCAAGGCCGGCUGCUAUUGUGAGAGCUAAUCUUCAGAACAUCGGCAUGAAGUCUGGUUUGAAUUCAGCUUCAGCAAGAUCAGAUAGUAUGGGAAUUAAGAAUAAAGGUGAAGCUUCGACUAGCACCAAUCCUGCCGAGUCAACUCUUGUUAAUUCAAGCGGUGAAUGUUCAAAGGAACUGGAAAUGCGUUGUCAUAAGGUGGUGGAAAAAUCUAAGGCUGAUUUGAAACCUUUGCAGCCGAAAUCUCUUGAAUUGAACACUUUAGCUUCUAAACAAUCGGAGCCUGCUUGCAAAGAGAAUGGAAUUAAGAAUGAUCAACGUUCCAAUCAAGUUCUUGGUGACGGUGGCACUAAAGGACAAACAGGUGCUGAAAAAGGUAUGGAGACGGCCGUAGCCUCUUCUUCUAUUUGCUCUGGUAAUGGUGCAGACAGAGGCUCGGAUGAUCAGAAUCGAGAUUUGAAACGGAAAAGUAGAGACACCGAGGACUCUGAAUGUCAUAGUGAAGAUGUGGAGGAUGAAUCAGUAGGUGUUAAAAAGGGAGGUUCCGGACGAGGAGUUGCAGGUUCCAAAAGAAGUCGCGCUGCUGAAGUGCAUAAUCUAUCCGAAAGGCGGCGAAGAGACAGGAUAAAUGAGAAGAUGCGUGCAUUACAAGAACUCAUACCUAAUUGCAAUAAGGUGGAUAAAGCUUCUAUGCUGGAUGAGGCAAUUGAGUAUCUAAAAACACUUCAGCUCCAAGUUCAAAUGAUGUCAAUGGGAGCUGGUUUAUAUAUGCCUCAAAUGAUGUUACCUGGUGGAAUGCAGCACAUGCAUGCACCACACAUGGCUGCAUUUUCACCGAUGGGCAUUGGCAUGCAUAUGGGAUUAGGUAUGGGUUAUGGAAUGGGAAUGCCUGACAUGAACGGCGGAUCUUCUAGAUUUCCAAUGAUGCAGAUGCCUCCUCAGAUGCAAGGAACUCAUAUUCCUGUUGCACAUAUGUCCGGACCUUCUGCUAUACACGGGAUGGCCAGAUCAAAUCCUCAAGGGUUUGGACUUCCGGGUCAGGGAGCUUCCAUGCCAAUGCCACGUGGUCAUGGAUUUCCUUUUCCAGGAGGGCCUCUUAUGAACUCUGCGUAUGGAUCCACAGGAACUGUUGAAACUGUGAAUCCAGCUUCAGCAUCUGGCUCAAGAGAUCCAAUGCAAAAUGUGGACUCACAAAUUAAGCAAAACACCGGUGGCCGUGACUCUACAAGCCAGAUUCCUAAUCAGUCGGCUUUGGUGCAUAAUGGUGGUCAUGACUCAGUGGCUGAUGACAGUGGAGCUGCUAAUCCUGGCAAUAUCACUUUGUGAUCGGUUAUGAUUGAUACUCCGCAUUGAUCGAGGCUAGCAGAAGAAUCAAGUUAUCAGAAAUGUGAGUCCAAAAUCUCUUGUCUCUCAAUUUUGCAAGUUCAAUCCAGAUUACUACAGAGGAUAAUUCAGAGUCAUUGGGGUUGACCCGUCAAAAUAGCCACAAGAAUUCUAAAUUGCCCGGAUUUUGGUCUCGAGACUCAUCACUCAUUUGUACAUCCACUUUUUAUCUAUCUUAACAUUAUGCAUUCAAAUGAUUCGAAAGCAUAAUAAUCAAAUGUCUUAUUGAGAUCUUUCAUAGUGAUUCUUUGGAUUAAUGAAAUAAUAAUUUAUUUUACAAAAC